AUGUCAUACGCAACUGAGUUUUGCUUUCUUCCAGAGCCCCCUUUCAAGCCCAUCCUCCGCAUGUGGCCCAGUUCUGUGGUUCCCACCAGGGGCAAUGUGACACUGCGGUGUAUCACUUCUACACGAGAUGUAAAGUGUGUUAUUAAAAAGGGAGGCACUUAUUUGGAUCCCAGGACCACGCAAGUUUUGACAACACAGACAUCUAAUUUACUUGUCAUUAGUGGAUGGACAGGUACAACUGAAUUCCUUCUCACAGAGUUACAGCAGAGUGAUGCUGAAUACUACAGCUGUGAAUGCUCCAAAAAUGAGGAUCCUGAUGCAAUGUCCAGUGAUGCAAGUCUACUCUUAGUCACAGGACAUUUACCUAAGCCGUCCCUCCAAUCUCACCAGUGGAGCAAAGUAACAGCAGGAGGGAAUGUGACUCUGUACUGCCAGAAGCCAGAUAAUAUGACUGAGUACACAAUGUUCAUGCUCCUGAAGGAAGGCAUUCCAUCACCUGUCCAGGUUCAGAGUUCAGAAAGCAACAGAGCAGACUUCUCACUUCAUAAUGUGACAGCCACAGACACAGGAAACUACAGCUGUGUCUACCACCAGAAAGAAGCCCCUUUCUGGGCCUCACACCCCAGUGAUCACUUUAAGAUCUUGGUGUCAGAUUUCCUUCCCAAACCCAGCCUCAGUGCUUGGCCCAAUGCAGUGGCAUCAGAGAACAGCAACAUGACACUGAAAUGUGUGAGUCCCAUGCCAGGCAUACGACUUGUUCUCAGAAAGGGAGAUAAAAUUUUGGAUUCUAGGCUUCCACAUCACUUGACAGAGGGGACGGCUGAGUUUCGUCUGACUAAUCUUCGGCUGAGUCAUGCUGGACAUUAUACCUGUGAAUACUAUUUAAAGGAGUCCCCCGAUAAAAUCUCACCUUCCAGUGAUGUCCUAAUACUAUUGGUCACAGGGGACUUGCCUAAGCCUUCCCUCCGAGUCCAGCACUUGGGUCGGGUCACCACAGGAGAAGUGGUGAAGCUACAGUGUCAGAAGCCACACAAUUCAACAGAGUUGUCCCAAAUGUUUGCUCUGCUAAAGGAGGGAAAUUCAUCUCCCAUACAGCCUCUGACUUCUGAAAACAACACGGCAGAAUUCACCCUGCAGAAUGUGACAAGUCGAGAUGCAGGGAGGUACAGUUGUGUGUACCUCCAGGCAGAAGCCCCUUUCAGGACCUCCCAUCCAAGUGAUUAUCUUGAUAUCUCAGUGGCAAUGUCCCCAAGUGCCUUGUCAAAAUGUUACACCAAGAUUAAUCUCAUCAGGUUGGGAAUGUCUGCCAUGUUUGUGAUAUUUAUGGCAGUCUUCCUGGCUGAAGCCUGGUACAGCCAGAGAGUGUCCCCAAGCAGACUCAGGCCCUGCAGCUCCCCAGCACCACCAUGAACCCUUGGUCAAGGUCACAAGCCGCUCUUCUGUUUUCUAUGAAGCCUGCACUGCCAGCUCUCUGAGAGCUCUCCAGACAUGGGAUGGCAGCUCUGACCCUUCAUUCUUCCCAUGGCACAGAGGACAGAACUGGGCACAGAUGGAAUACUUCACUGAUUAACAAUUGCUACACUGAAACUACAGUAGUAUUUCUCCCUAUAAGAUAGGGCAUGCUGCCUAGAUCAUCAACCAAAACCACAGACUGUGGAUCUGUUUCUGUGUAUGUGAUUGUGUUAGCAUGAUCUAUAAGGCUUUAUUUGAUCACUCCUUAAGAAUGGAUUUUGUUUACCUUCUCAGGUAUCCUUGGCUCAAUGUAUGCCAAUUACGUAUAUGUACAUUUAUGAAGUAUAUAUUACAUGUAUCUUCUAUACAAUAACUUUUAAUGCUUCUGAUAAGUAAUUAGGUUGAUGUUUUGUUCAUUUUAUAUGUGCACAUGUCUGUGUUCGUACAUGCAUGUGUGCAUGUGGGACUAGUAUCAUGUGUCUUACCUUUACUACUUGCCAUUGUGUUAUAAAAGAUUUGUUUUUAUUUUU